CACAACGAAAACAAAAUACUGCACUUCUGUUGGAGUCACAGUUAAGCAGCCAUACCUCUGCUCACUAAUAUUGAAGCACGUAUAAAUCACCAUGUCUUCUGUUGGGGAGUCGUAUAAUCGAGGAUCUCUCGUAGCUGUCCCUGAUCCAGCUAAAUUCUACCGAAAAAGAUUAUGUGCUUCAGUUGGUGGUGGAGGUAGCACAAAACGUCAUCCAGUCAAGGCCGUUUUAGCUGGUGGUAUUGCUGGAGGCCUUGAAAUCUGUUGCACGUUUCCGACGGAGUAUGUCAAGACACAGAUACAGCUGGAUGAAAAAGCCGCCCUGCCCAAGUACAAAGGGCCAAUAGACUGUGUAUCAAAGACAGUUAAGAGCCAUGGUGUUUUAGGCUUAUACAGGGGAUUAAGCUCUUUACUUUAUGGAUCUAUACCUAAAGCUUCUGUUAGGUUUUCAGUUUUUGAAUAUCUAAAAAAUACGAUGUCAGAUGAAAAUGGAAAGAUGACACAAGUCCAGACCCUUGCUGCAGGACUUGGUGCUGGAGUAUCAGAAGCUAUAAUCAUUGUUUGCCCUAUGGAGACCGUUAAGGUGAAGUUUAUCCAUGAUCAGACACAAUCAAACCCUAAGUACAAGGGAUUCUUUAGUGGUGUCAGAACUAUUCUUAAAACAGAAGGAUUUUCUGGUGUUUACAAAGGUGUAACUGCCACUGUCAUCAAACAAGGAACAAAUCAAAUGAUUCGAUUCUUUGUGUAUUCUAAUCUCAAGUCCUGGCUUCAGGGAGGGGACCCUAGGAAAGAUAUUGGUUCUAUUAAGACAUUCAUCAUUGGUGGCAUUGCUGGUGCUGCUAGUGUGUUUGGAAACACUCCAGUUGAUGUAGUGAAAACAAGAAUGCAGGGUUUAGAAGCUCAAAAAUAUAAAAAUACCCUAGACUGUGCCAUUAAAAUAGCAAAACAUGAAGGCCCCAAAGCUUUCUACAAGGGAACAGUGCCACGACUUGGAAGGGUUUGUUUUGAUGUGGCCUUUGUCUUCACAAUCUACGAAAAUGUUAUGAAGCUAUUCGACUACGUAUGGGUUACGAAUUAAUAAUGACUCACUCUGGCUUUAGGAGGAACAUGAAGGAAUAACCUAUGAUUAUCAAUAGUAUAUAUCAUACUCCGUUACUAGUGGUAUAAUAGAUAUUUUUAUGAAUGACUGGAUAAGAAAUGCCWAGUUUUUUACUACUACCAUGUCUUAUGCAACUUGUCUCUCAAACAAAAUAGUUGCAGGCUGAACAAACCUAUGUUACACACAGCACAAGUUUGUUGCCCCAGAAACCCCCCCCCCCCCCCCCCCCCCCCCCCCACUCCACAAGACAAGUUGCACAUGAAAUUGUAACCUGUAACAGGACCUUAAAAGCCAGCCAUAGAAACCACAGCUUUAUAAAGCAGGGUUCGUGCUACUCCUUAAACUCCUUGAAAACUCCUUGAAUUUAAUUUACGUUUUCAAGGGCACUUGAAAAGCUCUUGCAUUUUAUGAUUUUAGCGAAACUCCUUGCUUGCAUGGUUCUGAAA